AUGGAGUUACCAGUGGUGAAUGAAGGUGUCCGUCUCAAUGCAUUCAGACCCUCGGUGGUGUCUAAUGGGAAGGCGGCCUCUUCGUCGGGGGAGUCGGAGUACUAUGGGUAUUUUGGUGACCGAUGCAGCGUGGCGUCCAGCCGCGCCGACAGCUCGAUAACCGGAUACGAGACCCUGGACGCGCCCCCACACUACGACUUUUACGCCAACACUGAGGUCUGGGGCCGACGCAGAAAGUCCAGGCCCUCACUGUACCAGCUCUAUGCAAACCCCCAGGAGGACUUCAAACCACCGGUGUACGAGGAGAGUCCUGUGGGACACUCUGGGGAAACCACUGAUGAAGAUGACGAAGAUGAGCAGAAGGAGCCACCUGCUGAGCCCACUCGCUUUGGAUGGGUUCAGGGGGUCUUGAUUCGAUGCAUGUUAAACAUCUGGGGUGUGAUCCUAUACCUCCGUCUUCCUUGGAUUACUGCUCAAGCUGGUAUCGGGCUAACCUGGGUGAUCAUUCUGCUGUCCUCUACAAUCACAGGAAUCACGGGCCUCUCCACUUCAGCCAUCGCAACCAAUGGAAAAGUAAAAGGAGGCGGGACAUAUUUCCUGAUUAGUCGCAGUUUGGGUCCAGAGCUGGGAGGGUCCAUUGGUCUCAUCUUUGCCUUUGCCAAUGCAGUAGCUGUUGCCAUGCACACUGUGGGGUUUGCUGAGACUGUCACUGACCUCAUGAGGGAGCAUGGAGCUGUCAUGGUGGAUAAAACAAAUGACAUUCGGAUCAUUGGCAUAAUCACUGUCACCUGCCUUUUGGGCAUCUCUUUGGCUGGUAUGUCGUGGGAAUCAAAGGCCCAGGUUGUGUUCUUUUUCGUUAUCAUGGUUUCCUUUGCCAGUUACAUUGUUGGCACUAUCAUGCCCGCAAGUGUGGAGAAGCAAUCCAAGGGUUUCUUCAGCUACAGAGCUGACAUCUUUGCUCAAAACUUUGUGCCUGGCUGGCGAGGAAAAGAGGGUAAUUUCUUUGGCAUGUUCUCGAUUUUCUUCCCUUCAGCCACUGGCAUUUUGGCAGGAGCGAACAUUUCGGGAGAUCUCAAGAAUCCAACAGUGGCCAUCCCUAAGGGGACACUUUUGGCUAUUUUCUUUACCACCUUUUCAUACCUCAUCAUAUCUGCCACCAUUGGUGCUUGUGUAGUGCGCGAUGCUUCAGGUGUAUUGAAUGACACGUUGGUAAACUCCUCAAACCCGGAGUCUUGUGUGGGCACAGCCUGUCAGUACGGCUGGGACUUCUCUGAGUGCACGCAGAAUGGCACGUGCACAUUUGGCCUUAUUAACUACUACCAGACAAUGAGCCUGGUCUCAGCCUUUGCACCUCUCAUUACUGCUGGUAUUUUUGGAGCCACAUUGUCCUCUGCUUUGGCCUGUCUAGUGUCUGCUCCCAAAGUUUUCCAGUGUUUAUGUAAGGACAAGCUCUAUCCUUUCAUUGGCUUUUUCGGCAAGGGUUACGGCAAAAAUGAUGAACCACUCCGGGGUUAUCUGCUGACAUACAUCAUCGCUUCCUGCUUCAUUCUUAUUGCUGAGUUGAACACCAUUGCCCCCAUCAUCUCCAACUUUUUUCUUUGCUCCUACACACUCAUCAACUUCAGCUGUUUCCAUGCUUCAAUCACCAACUCACCAGGAUGGCGCCCUUCGUUCAGGUUCUAUAGUAAGUGGCUGUCUUUGCUCGGGGCAGUUUGUUGUGUGGCCAUUAUGUUCUUGCUCACCUGGUGGGCAGCUCUCAUCGCCUUUGGAGUAGUCUUUGUUCUUCUGGGAUACACGCUCUACAAGAAACCUGCUGUGAACUGGGGCUCUUCGGUACAGGCCAGUUCUUACAAUUUGGCUCUCAACCAGUGUGUGGGCCUCAACCAGGUAGAAGACCAUGUGAAAAAUUACAGGCCUCAGUGUCUGGUGUUGACCGGACCUCCCAGCAGUCGCCCGGCCCUUGUUGACCUUGUCAGCUGUUUCACUAAAGGCCUCAGUCUAAUGAUGUGUGCGGAUGUUAUGACAUCUGGCCCCAGUGCCUCUGUGGUGCAGAAGGAAAACGGUGAGAAACAUGUGUCAUGGCUGAAUGAACGAAAGGUCAAGUCCUUCUACAGAGGAGUGGUGUCCUCUGAUCUGCGCACAGGGGUCAACGUGCUAAUGCAGGGGGCAGGAUUGGGCCGCAUCAAGCCUAAUGUUUUGCUGUUAGGAUUUAAGAAGUCCUGGUGCAGUGACUCUCCUCAGGCUCUCCAUGAAUACAUUGGCAUUCUGCAUGACGCAUUUGAACUGCAGUAUGGAGUGUGCAUGCUGAGGAUGAAGGAAGGACUGGACGUCUCUCACCCACCUCAGUCUCACGUUAAUCCUGCCUUUGAUGAAGGGCCAGAGAGUGUCUGCAGCACAUUAUCCAGAGCACACCUUCAGCCCAGCACUAUUACCACUAUCACAAGCUCACCCGAACCUCAGACGACGACAGUGUUCCGGAAAAAACAAGAAAAGAAGACUAUAGACGUGUACUGGCUGUGUGAUGAUGGAGGCCUUAUCCUCCUGCUGCCGUACCUGCUGACCCGUAGGAACCGCUGGUCCAGGUGUAAGGUCCGAGUCUUUGUUAGUGGACGUCCAGACAAGAAAGAAGAACAGAAACAAGAGGUUUUGGCAUUGAUCAAGAAAUUUCGUCUUGGCUUCCAUGAUGUUGAAGUCCUCACUGAUGUCUACGACAAUCCCCAACCUCACAAUGUACAACUAUUUGAGAAUAUGGUGGCUCCAUAUCGAAAGGACCAGAGCCCCAAACAAGACUUGGGCUGUACACCAACGAAAGUCUGCGAUGGGCCCUGGAUGAUCACUGAGCAAGACUGGGAGAGGAACAAAGCCAAGACUCUACGUCAGAUCCGACUGAAUGAGAUUUUACUCGACUAUUCUAGAGAGGCUGCGCUAAUCCUGGUCACUAUGCCCGUGGGAAGGAAAGGAGGGUGUCCAAGUUCUCUGUAUAUGGCCUGGCUGGACUUUAUUUCGCGUGAUCUUCGACCUCCCGUCCUGUUGGUCAGAGGAAACCAAGAGAAUGUUCUGACUUUCUACUGCCAAUAA